GAAAAGCCCUAUGAGUGUAGUGAUUGUGGGAAAAUGUUCAGUCAACAUUCUACACUCAUUGAGCACCAGACAGUUCACACAGGAGAAAAGCCCUAUGAGUGUAGUAAUUGUGGGAAGUUCUUCAGUCAUAGAUCUACCCUCAUUAAACACCACAGGGUUCACCCUGGAGAAAAACCCUAUAAGUGUAGUAACUGUGGGAAGUUAUUCCGUCAUAGAUCUACCCUCACUACACACCGCAGAAUCCACACUCGAGAAAAUCCCUAG